UGACCAUUCGGGUCUUUCCGUGAAGCCGAUAAAACCCGAGGUGUAAGCUCGUCCCACAAAUAUUGUCGUCAUGGUGAUGGAGCCCGAUCAUUGGCUCGAACUGUCCGUUCGCCGGGAAAAGGAGGCGGAGGCAAGCCGUUGAAUGACGGCUCAAGCUAUGUUGACACUCAAGAGUCUAGCCAGCCCGUGGGAUCCACACGGGCCUUCCUAUUCCACAUUUACAGCUGUUAAAGAAAGCAGAUGAAAGGGACGGAUCAGCCUUAUCAACUCUGUUAUCUCCGAGGGAUGUAGUGGACCGUGCGCGGACUGUGUAACAGGUCGAGGCGGAGCGGACGUUUCACAGGUUGAUGAUCAUUUUUGGCAACGAGUGGGGAAGCCAGCAAAAGUAAAUACAUGGUCUUGUCUCUAUAGGCUCUUCUUAGACAGAUCAGCUCACAUGUAAAGGAGAAAUAGGCGGUGCCUAACAUUUCCUAGAAACAUACAGACCUCCGACCAGAAUGACACAUUUUGCUUCUGCAGGUUUGUGUCUAUCCACUCAAGUUGACGCUCAGACUUUGGUUUCACUCCUCGUGUAGGACGAUUGAGGACCGUCUAUCUUACAUUUUGACAGGUAGCCAACCAAUUUAUGUUACUCAAAUUGGUCCGCUUAUGUCAGUGACCUAUAUCUCAUGCAUGUGCGCCAAGAGCCCAUAGUAACCUCUCGAUCAGAGCAAACAGCAUGGGGAUCAACGGGUUAGACAACCAGGCGCAGCCGUCCAGCGGAGAGUCCCACAGAGAAGAGCCAGGUGCAGAUCCACAGAUGGAGCAAAGGGAUGCUCAAGUAGACACGAGUAAGGAGGACCAGGCGGUUGACAGCGAGUGUAAAAUCGUGCAGGAGGACAGCACCUUGCAGCUGAUCGAGGCCGGGUCCAAGCCGCAGCUCUCCUCGGCAUCUGAACCAGAGGCCGGGGUCCAUGUGGAGAACCCCGGUCACGGAGCCGGAUUCGUCCCACCAGAAGGAGGCUACGGCUGGCUGGUGGUUUUUGCAGCGACCUGGUGCAAUGGGUCCAUCUUUGGCAUCCAAAACUCUUUUGGCAUCUUGCAUAUGAUGCUUGUGAAGGAGCAUGCCAACCCAGAGGACAAGACGUCUCAGUUCAAAGUGGCCUGGGUCGGGGCCCUCGCCAUGGGUAUGAUCUUCUUCUGUUCUCCCGUGGUCAGCAUGUUCACCGACCGCUUCGGCUGUAGGAAGACAGCAGUCAGUGGGGCGACGGUGGCUUUUUUAGGGCUACUCAGUACAUCCUUCGCAAAUUCCCUGAGCCUCCGCUAUUUUACAUAUGGCAUUCUGUUCGGCUGUGGCUCCUCCUUCGCCUUCCAGCCCUCGUUGGUCAUUCUCGGUCACUACUUCCGCCAGCGCCUCGGCUUAGCCAAUGGUGUGGUGACCGCGGGCGCCAGCUUGUUCUCCAUGGGACUCCCAGUGUUGCUGAACAAAGUGGUGGAACCUCUGGGCCUCAGCAGGACCUUCCAGAUCCUCAGUCUCUUCAUGCUUGUCCAGGCCCUGCUGGCACUGUUGUUUAAACCUUUACUGCCACCCGGAGGAGGCAUGGGGCCCCCAGGCAUGGGACCCGGCCCUGCAAAAGCCCUUACCCAGCCUGGUGCCUCUGCUCAGGGGGGUAGCAGGUGGAGCAGUGUCGUGAGUGAGGUCCGGAAGUACUUCAACCUACGUGUUUUUCACAUCGUGACCUAUCGAGUGUGGGCCUUUGGAGUAGCCACAGCUGUAUUGGGCUACUUCGUGCCGUAUGUUCAUCUGAUCAACUUUGUAAAGAAGCAGUUCAAGGGCACUGACAAGGAAUGGGUGCUCCUGGUGUGUAUAGGUGCUUCUUCUGGGUUGGGGCGCCUUGCUUUUGGCAAGAUCGGAGAUCACAUUCCUGGACUUAAAAAGAUCUACAUGCAGGUGGUGUCCUUCAUGGCUCUGGGCCUGAUGUCCAUGAUGAUUCCUCAGUGCACGGUGUUCGAGGGUCUGGUGGUUGUGUGUGUGUUCCUGGGGCUGUGUGACGGCUGCUUCCUCACCAUGAUGGCUCCCAUAGCUUUUGAGCUGGUUGGGCCCAUGCAGGCCUCGCAAGCCAUAGGCUACCUUCUCGGACUUAUGGCCCUUCCCAUGACUGCAGGUCCACCCAUCGCUGGUCUCCUCCAUGAUUACUUUGGGAACUACACAGUGGCCUUCUCCCUGGCCGGGGUGCCUCCUAUAGUAGGGGGUGUAGUGCUGUUUUUUGUCCCACUGAUACAUCGAAAGCUCCAGAGAGGCCAGGCGGCAGGGGCAUCAGAGGAAACGUCCACAACCGCCCACAUGUUGCCAACCGCCCACCCAGCAGAGGAGUCAAAGGGCUGCUCCAAUGGAGUCAUCCUGCCUGGCUACACUGACGUUGAGACACACAUCUGAGUGGCAAUGUACAAAGGGAUUCAGCCCACCAGCACCUUUUCUCAUCCUUAAUUUGACCUCCUCCCAAACAUGAACUUCCUGUUGGCUGACCUCUAACCCUCUAACCCUGCUGGACUCUCAUAGCCUGUUUCUUAUUUUCAUGUGGAGAGGAAUCAAAAAAAAAUGGGGGGCACUCUGCCAGCCACAGAGAGGAAGAGGAGAAGGCACUUCAGAGUAGGACCAUGGACAUGUGAUUGGAGGAAAAGCACCGCACAGUCUCAACUUGGAUUGUUUCAUGAGUGGGGACUCUGUAGUAACAUAAACCUCCAAGAGGAAAGAAAUGAAGUGAUUGAAUCAAGAGUGGUAGUUUGUGAUUUCUCAGCUUUGAUCUUGCUACCAUAGCUUUUUGAAGCGUUAAAAACUGUGCUUUAUUUUUUGAUUUAACACAGACACAUUAAGAUAAGAGGCAUAUAAACAUAAGAAUUAAUGAAGGGAUACACUCACAGUUUAUGUAGAAGUAUUUGCAUAUAAUUUGCUAACACAUGCGUUCGAUUUAGUUUCAGAAAUAGGAAGACAAUUUCAUCUCGAGUGAUUUUCAUGUAUUUCAUACCACUUCUUUUCUACUGCGGUGACUACAAGAGGAACAUUUUUUUCUUAAAUGUCACAGGACAGUGGAUUCUUCUGAGAGAUCAGCCACCAGACACGAUCACCUCGAAUCAACCGCACACUGUAACACACAGUCCUCACACCACCCAGGCUCCAAAAACCUCACCAAAUGUUACACUCUACCAGCCUGCCUGCCAGGGAUUCAUAUGCCAUAAACCCCAGAGUUUUAGAUAUCUCCUUUGAAUAUAUAGGUCAUUGACCUUUCGGCUUAUUACAGGUUAAAGUAUGCAGUCAAAGUAAACACGGCAGAGUUAUGAGAGCUGCCUGAGUUAAUGAAACGAAACACUACAGUUGAUACCAGGUCUUGUCUACUCAGCCUUUGCAGCCUUAAAUUUUCAGUGUUUGUUUCCCAAUCGUCACACUAUACACUUUUUACUGGACUUUAAAGGUUUUAGCAGGGUGCUAGUCAAAUCUGAGUAAAAUGUGUUUGUUAUAAUCUUUAAUUCUUCUUGUAAUGUGAACACUGUGUACUCUUUGGAGCAGAAAUCUUGCUAUUGUAGAGUUUGGAAGUCGACAGCUGUUGGUAGUGAAUAUUUUCAUCAUCUUCAGAAAAGGCAUUUAGUGAACUUUUCCUCUCUUUGAAUGUGAGAUUGUGAGUGGCUUACGUGCAGCACCUGCUUAUAUUUUUAUUUUUUUUACUGUGGCGGUGUUUAGGCGUCUAUGUUACAAUCUGUUCAUAACAACUAAUGAAGCUGCCAAAUGGCUUGAGCCCUCAUCAGGCCGUGUCACAGAUAAUCACAUGAAGUUGCUGCUUUGGUUUGUGUUCUGAGGGCGUCACUCACUGUGUUGGCAGUAAUGAAACAAAACGUCUUAGCUUUAUUGAGAUGUCUUGUUUUGGGAGGACUGUUUGCUGUUAUUUUUGUUACAUGAUUGCUUGGACCAUUGCUGUUUGCACUCUAACAUUACAAGUUCUCUUUUGACAGUUAGUUUUUAUGAACGGAUGUGAAGCAGAGCUGCAAUAAUUGAGUGUUUGACUCACUGGUUAAGUGCAUAGCUGAAUAGCACCAAGGGGGGAACUUAAGGAAGGAGAUGUUUAGGUGUUUUUCUUUCUGUCUGUCCCCCUCUUUGCUCUCACUGUCAUGAUUCAGUGGGCUUAUGUGUUAAAAUGCUAAAGAGCUAAAAAGCUACACAAACCUCACUGCUGAGUGUAGCUUUUUUUUUUGUGGGGGGUAUUACUAUAGGACAAACUCUUCUGGAUAGGAAACAUACACCGAUACCUCAGUGAUCAAACAAUCCUCAGCAAUCCAGUCGAACACGUUGACAUUCUACAUUACUCUAGAGUGUGUCAGUUCUGAGUGUGUGUUGUGUAGGUGUAAUCUCAAUCAGGUCUCAGAGCCACAAAGCUGCCAAACGCCAGGUUACAAUCAACCUGGCCUCCUCAGAAACCUCAUUAGUGUAGUGUCUGUUUGGUGCCACCAUUUUUUUUAAAUGUCAGACUUCCGUUCCUCAUGCUUCAACAGUCGGUGCGUUAUCAGUUUAGAGAGUCAACUCUUCCUCCUUGUUUUGCCUUCCACCCUACUGCUUCUUUCUUCUUGAGCCACACCGUUACCCGCAGCCUCAUAUUUCACUCUGUGAUCGAAAUCAUCCAGUUAUAUUCAUGUGGAAUACCCUUAAAAGAAACACAAUUGAAUAUAAUACAUAUAAAGAUACAAUGGUUACAACAUAGGUCUCUAGUUUGACUGAGGUAGUGUUACAUUUUAUUGGCAAUGCAAAUGAUUAUGUAAGGAUGUAGUUCAUUAGCUGCUGGAGUUGUCCGUGAACCGUGACUGUAAGCUAGCAAGCAUUCUAAAUCAAUUCUUUUAGAUCAAU